CAAAAAAUGAGCAGAGUCUCAUCAACUUUAUUAUUGUCAAAUAAUUUAUUCAAUAAAAUUAGAACACAUAGACUAAUGUCAACAUCAAUGAAUCCUUUGGUGGCUGUCUGUCAGAUGACAUCCACGGAAAAUAAAGAAAAAAAUUAUUCAAUCGUUGAGGACCUUGUCAUUCAAGCCAAGCAACGUCAAGCAUGUAUGGCAUUUUUUCCUGAAGCUUGUGAUUAUUUAGCAGACAAUAGAAAAGACAUUGUAGCAAUGAGCGAGUCCCAAGACGGUCCUAUCAUGUCAAAAUAUAUGCAACUAGCUAAACAGCAAGACAUCUGGUUGUCUCUCGGAGGAUUGCAUGAAAAACGGAGUGACAGUUCUGAGAAUAAGAUAUCAAACACUCAUGUUGUGAUAAAUAAUAAAGGAGCAAUUGUCGCUUUUUACAGGAAAAUUCAUUUAUUUGACAUGGAGAAUAAAGAAAUUGGUGUCAGGUUGAUGGAGUCUGAUUACGUAGUUGCUGGAGAUAAAAUCGUAAAUCCUGUGGACAGUCCAGCUGGCAAACUGGGACUCAGUAUCUGCUACGACAUGCGGUUUCCAGAGCUGUCAUUAGCGUUACGUAAUUCUGGAGCUGAAAUAUUGACAUACCCAUCAGCGUUUACUUAUCAAACCGGUGCUGGACACUGGGAAGUUUUGCUGCGCUCGAGGGCUAUUGAAAAUCAAUGCUACGUUAUUGCUGCUGCUCAAACUGGUGCUCACAAUAAAAAGCGCGUCAGUUGGGGUCAUGCUAUGAUUUUAGAUCCUUGGGGAACAAUAAUAGCACAAUGUUCAGAAAAAACAGGAAUUGCAAUAGGUGAAAUAGAUUUAAAGUUACUUAAUAAAAUACGUGACAAUAUGCCAUGCAAUAAACAUCGACGAACAGAUUUGUAUCCUUCAAUAAACAUUAACUAA